UCUGCUGGUGGAUGGGGAGAAAAUGGAGGUGAACAGAAGAGAAGUGCCUUUAUAUGGACAGGUGGAGGCCCAUGUAAUGUUACAAGCCAUCCCUCCAGAAGACGCAGAGUUGUAUGUGGUUCUACAAGGCUCUAGACUUACACAUGUGACUGCAGCCAAAAGAGGAGAUGAUGGACUGACUCUGUCUUUCACAGCUCCUGGCCAUGACCUUGUGGAAGUUGUCUCUGUCGCAACUUAUUUUUACGCAGAGGACCAGGUCAAGCCGUGCAGGGGUGAAGCAUCUCUUGAAUAUGUCAGGGAUAUUGCCCAGGAAGCAGCAGAGUACCUGAGUGCAAACAAGGACCAGCUUGGCCCUCAGAGCUACCUAGAAGUCCUGAAGAGGUUUUCCACGUGGGCGCAGGGAGAUGACAAGGAGCUCACUGCUGGACCAUUAGAUCGCAUUGAGGAGGAUGUACGGCUUAGACAAAGUUCAGGCGAUGAAGCAGAUGUCAAACAGCUGGAUGAGAGGAUCACACAGGCUAUGGCUAACAUGGAUUACCCUCAGCAGUGGAAAAACACUGAAAAACAGCCCAGAGAAGCUGUUGAACUUCAGCCCAAAGAAACUCUCCUUCACCUUGCAGUGCGCUUGGGUUUGGUCCAUCUCUCCCGUUUCUUAAUUCACCAGCCAAGAGGUCAAAGGUUAUUGACUUUGCCCAACCAGGAGGGAGACACACCUCUCCAGCUGGCUCAGAAGGAUGGAGAACAUGCCAUGUUCAGGGUGCUGGCAGCACCUCCAGGUCCUGUAGUCGGCCCUAUUCCCGGUGUAUGGUGCGUUUGGUCAGACAGCUCCCGCAUGAUGAGGUUUUGUCCUGGGACGGACUCAUUGACCCUGACUGUGCAGGAGGCUCCCAGCAGCUGCUCACAGGAGGGCAUCAUGUUCCUCCGAGACAGACUAGGAGACCACAGCGUCCUCAAACUGAUAUCUGUGCUUAGAGCCGACAGCGAGGUUGAAAAGAGAGACAAAAAUGAAGGGCAUCCUAGCGAUGAAGGCGCUAGCAAGGAGAUCCGAGCGGAGGAGCAUGUGCUGGUUGACAACGUUUUUGAAGAACAGCUUGUUCUCUCUUUGGAUGACGACGACGAUGAAGAAGAGUACCCAUCCUCAUUAUUUGUAAAUGGGCAUCCCAUGCAGUCCAAUGGAGUUCAAAGCCAGUUCUCCCAGCAUGCUACAGACCCUCCGCUUUCCAUGAUCAACAGCAGCAAUCAGUCACAGCCGACACAGGCCGAUGAUGCCGACACAAAGUGCAACAUCAGCGGAGUGACGAGUGACAGCACAGCGACUGACAGCGGAUUAUGGGACACAGUGGACUCAGAGGACCUCCUUCUAGCCACUGAUACGCCUCCACCCUAUUCAGAAGACUUCUACUCUCCCUCUGUACCCUGUUCUCUCCCUCUUCAACUCUCGCGUGCUGACCAGGCACUCGCCAGGCUGAGCCGUCUCACCUCCCCUGAGUCGACCAAUCAGAGAGACAGUCCGCCCAUGGACACCUGCGACCUCAGUCCCAGUCUUGUGGCUCUGGAAGUGGACAGUGAAGAGGACAGCAUUGAGCCAAAGUCACCGCUUUCCCCACUCUCCUCAGAUGUUGAGAAAAAUGAAGAAAAAACUGAAACCAAUACUCCCUCCCCUGACCUUACUUGCACUCGCAGCCAGUCUGCCUCCUCAGCAUGUGAACCCGCCACAAAAGAACUGGGUGACCAGGGGAUACGCCUGCGCUCUUAUUCCUACUCCUCCUCGAAAAUCAGUUUACGUCCUUCUCGUAUUGCCCGGGACAACCACACGUUAGAUCCCAACCCCGAUGCCGUGCUCCACAGCGUCAGCCACAGCCGAUCUCUCCUUCAGGCCCUAUCUCUGUCUAAAUCUCUGUCUCUGCUCCACCCUGGUAAACAAAGAGCCUCCAGUAUAUCAGAACAGGCACAUGAGAAAAGGGAGGUUAGGUUUCGUAAGCGUGCCCAGUCUGCUGACGAUGAGGGCAGCAUGGAACUGGCAGAGUCUCUCCAACACCUCACUCUGUCUGAGUUCCUCAAAGAAAUUGAAGAGGAGGAGUUGGAUAAGUACAACAUCCCAACCAAGGUGGAGUCAGAGAAGUACAAAGUGAUUCGUACCUUCAGUUUUCUCAAAAACAGGAUGGCCAGUACACGCAACAAGACAAAGGGGAAAGGGAAGGACAGAGAAGCCAAGGAUAGACAGACAAAUGGACACCAGUUUGCAACAGGCUCCUGUUUGGGCGCCACAGUGUGCGUGGUCUGUGACAAAGCAGUAACUGGAAAAGACCUUCUACAUUGCCCCCGUUGCACUGCCAUGGUCCAUAAAGGCUGUAAAGAAUCUGUACCACCAUGCUUGAAAAAACUACAGGAUAAGUAUACUGUUACCAUGGUGAAGAACAGGACAGCAUCCCUCCCACAGAAUUUCACAGUGAGAGACAGCCCUCCUCAGUCUGUGAUCCCUCUCUCCAACUCUCCUCCUGUCGUGUCCCCUAAAGACAAGAAGGACGCCUCACCUCUAUCAUGCACGUUCUCUGGAAGCUUCCCCAGCAGCGACAGUCGGCUCAGUGAGAGUUCAGAGACAGAGCUGGAUAACUGGAAGCUGUCCAGCCAAUCAGACGAACUCCAACAAACUCCUGUGUCCUCCACCUCCACUGACUCAUCCUUGGGAGAUGACUGUGUGGACGGGUAUAUCCACAGUGACAUCUCAGCUGACGCUGUGGAUUUCGAGGCUGAGUCAUGGAGUCUGACAGUGGAGCACAAGUUCUGCAAGAAGCAGGACAAACGAGCUGUCAAGAGGCAGGAUGUUAUCUAUGAGCUGAUGCAGACUGAGGUUCACCACCUACAAACUCUGCACAUCAUGGCAGAGGUUUUCCGCCGAGGUAUGAAGGAGGAAGUGCAGCUUGACACAGAAGCGGUGGAGCGGGUCUUCCCCUGUCUGGACCAGCUGCUCCUCCUCCAUCAUGCCUUCUUCACUGCCUUGAAGGAGCGGCGACACAACUCGGCCCAGCCACAGGGACACAGGAACUACCUCAUCCAACGAAUAGGAGACGUCUUACUUCAACAGUUUUCAGAGGAGAAUGGAGAAAAAAUGAAGCAGGUGUAUGGAGAAUUUUGCAGUCAUCACAAUGAAGCGGUCAGCUUGUUCAAAGAGCUCCAGCAGCAUAACAAGAGAUUUCAAAACUUCAUUAAGCAACAAGGUAAUAAUUUAUUGGUGCGACGGAGGGAGAUCCCUGAGUGCAUCUUACUGGUAACCCAAAGGAUUACAAAGUACCCAGUGCUGCUGGAGAGGAUCCUACAAUAUACUCAAGAAGAAACAGAAGACCAUGCAGUCCUCUCAAAAGCACUUGUCCAGAUUCGAGAGGUGAUUGUAGCUGUGGACUUGAGUGUCAGCGAAUAUGAGCGGCAUCAGAGGUUACAUGAAGUGUGGAACCGCAUAGAGAACCGCAGCACAGCCAAGCUAAAGAACGGCCAUACCUUCCGCAAGCAGGACAUGAUGGGUCUGGGACAAACCCUCAAACACCAGGGCCUGCUCCUGUGGAAGACCGCUACCGGCCGACUUAAAGAUGUCCUGGCACUCCUUCUCACAGACACACUCAUCUUCCUACAAGAAAAAGACCAGAAGUAUACAUUUGCAACUGUGGAUCAGAAGCCUCCUGUCAUCGCACUGCAGAAGUUAAUAGUGCGAGAAGUAGCAAAUGAAGAGAGAGGCAUGUUUCUGAUCAGCGCAUCAGCCGCAGGGCCAGAAAUGUACGAGGUCCACACAUCGUCCAAAGAUGAACGAAAUACCUGGAUGAGGCUCAUUAGAGAGGCUGUAGAGAGCUGUCCAGAGGAAGAAGAAGAAUACACGAGUGAAUCUGAAGAGGAGAAGCGAGUUGCUGAGGCUCGUAUUCAGAAGAUCCAUAAAAUACAAGAGAGUCUGAUGAGCCAGGACCAGCAGAUCUGCUCCAGCCUGGAGGAAAAGCUGCAGAUCUUUGCAGAGCUCUCUGUUCUGAGUGGGAGGACGGAGGCUUCUCUGGUUGAACCGCGACUGCUCGUCCAGCCGCACUCAGAGGAGCCGCCUCAGGCUGCUGCGCUGCUGGCUGCAGCUCUGCAAGAAGCUGAGAACCUGAAAGCCGCACUGUCCUCCAAGGUCUGUUCCCCAUCCAGUCACAGCUCUGACUCCGACAUAGACUCUGUGUUUCCUGUCAGCCCCGUUACACUUGAGGAACUCCCAUCAGACCCAGAGGCCUCACCAAGGGACCCAGAGACCAGUGAGGGGAGUUGGGCCGAGGCGGUUGUACUUCAGUCCCCGACUCACUUGCAAAAAACAGACACAAAUGACUUUGACUUUAAGGUUGCUCGAAGUGUCCAAAGCCUCACCCAGUUACUCUACAGUCUGCAGGCCGCAGUGACCAUCCAGGACAGCUGCUAUGAAGUCCAGAAGCUCCUCCUCCAAGAGAAUGGGCGCCCUUCCCCCUGCCCCCAGCGACCCCACCUUCCGAGCAUCCGGGGCAACACCUUACAAGAACAGGAGAAGCAGCGCAACCUGGAGAAGAGGAAGGAGGAGAUGGUGGCGGCUCAGCGUCUCCAGGGCCGGCUGCGCCAAGAGAAGGAGCGCUGGGAGAAGGAGUGCCAAGCCAGGGAGAGUCAGCAGGGGGAGCAGGAGAGCAGGCUGGAGGAGAGGGAGAGGCAGUGCCACCUGGAGGUGGAGAGGCUGAGGCGAGAGAGGGAAGAGCUGGAUGAACAGCUGGAGGAGUACCAGCAGAGUCUGGAGCGGCUCAGGGAGGGCCAGAGGAGUGUGGAGAGGGAGCGCGAGCGGCUGGAGAACCAGCAACAGCUGCUCCAAAACUGGAGGCACGGCCGGCAGAGGAGCCUGCCCACUAUGAUUCCUCACAUGGUCAUCCCUCUAGAUGAGCAGCAGGAGUCUGCACUAAGUCAGCCCAGAGACCAUGCUGGUAACGGCUCCGUGUUCGUGAACGAGGCUGCGUUCGGCAGCGCCAGCCUCAACAACCGCCACGUCCGCCACAAAGGAAAUGACCCCAGUGCACACAAUUGUCUCAACACCCUGCUGGCAAGAUCCAACAGCAGACAGACCUCCAUAGCUAAGACCCAACACAAUCCGCACUCAGACUCACAGGGAUGGACGAUGGGUCCCGGAUACUUCUACAGUCCUGCAGGAAGGCUCGGACUGGAGCAGAUGCCCAUUGAUCAUAACAGUCACAGCUACAUCGGGGAGACUUGGUCGUCAACAGCAAGCGGAGCUGACCCGUAUCCGGUGCUCUCGCAUCCCGGUGACCCUCAGUUGGACCUCAGCGCACUGGUUUCCUUGGAGACUGACAGCGGUGGGGAGGAGGGCAGGGAAGAAACCAUCGUAUACCUCUGAAUGUUAAUACAUUUCAGACUCUUGAAACAACCAACCCAGCAGCACUUGGAGGAAGAUCAUGACGCAUCAGAAUCAGGACUGAACCCAGGGAAGUAUUUCUCUGUAUAAACACUUGUCUUGUACAGCAUUUGUGUUUCGUUUGUUUUUGUUUUUUUUCAAUAUUUGAAAGAUUGUUUUUUGUUGUCUUUUUUGUAACAUGGAGAGUUACUGGAAACACGGACUGAGAAACAGAGAUAAAGAAACUGAGGUUGUUUCAGAUUUAAUCUCACAUGUGUCAUGCACCUUAGCUCAAGGCACCAUACUGUGUUCAAUGUCUAUUUUCUGUUUUUUGUGUGUGUAUGCGUGGGGUCUUUAUUGACUGCCUGGGCCCCUGCAGCCCCACCUUUCCUUCUUUCCCCCUCUCUGCGCCUUACUGCCCCCCCCC